AUGAUACCUCCACCUCAAGAAUCACCGAGCUUGCAAUCCUUGCUAUCAAGUUCAGAUGAUUCAAACCGGACAUCAAUAAAGCAAGAAGAAAGCCAAAGACAACAACAACCACAGAAUAACGAGAAUAACGAGAAUCAAAUCAUAACAUCUGCAGAAUCAAGUAAAAAUGAAACUGCAAAGAAUGUCAGUACCAUGCGGCCAAUAAUAGAGACUCUCGCAAUCAGCCUACCUCAACCUCAAGCUCAGUCUACCGGUUCUCAAAGUCCGUAUCAGAAUCGUCCUUUCAUACCAUCUUAUACCAAUGGUAUAAACCAUAGUACUAGUAACAAUACGUUAGGACCAACUAAUGUACCCACUACUAAUGUGGCAUACAGUAACUAUUAUCCACAAGCACCACAUCCAUCAAACUUACAAGAAGAUUUAAUUAAUAAUCAAUUAUAUUUUAAACCAAACUCAGCUUCAACUAUAAGUAAAACCAUAACAUCAACAUCAGAUCUUAAAAAUGCUAAUUUCAAAAAGUUCAAUAUCAAUAAAAAAUCAUCAACUACUUCCACAUCAAAUUCAAGACCUUAUGCAUGUGAGUUUGAAGGUUGUACCUGGUCAUUUUCAAGAAGAUCAGAUUUAAGAAGACAUUCUAAAUCCCACUCCGAACCAAUGUUCCAUUGUCCUUAUUAUGAGUUGGAUCAAACAUGUCAUCGGAAUGGUGGUUCAUUCAAUAGAUUGGAUGUGCUUAAGCGUCAUUUAAAAUUAGUACACUAUAUCAAAGAUGUUAGAAAAGACGAUAAUCAAUUACCAUUUUCAAAUAAUAUAAAAGAAGAUCCAGGUUGGUGUAAAGGAUGUCAAAGAAUGUUCCCUAAUUCAAAAGCAUUCAUUGAACAUUGUAUAGGAUGUUCAAAAUACCUUGCCAAUAAGAAGAAUUCAGAAUUAAACAGUGCUGUGGUAAAUACUAAAGAUAAUAAUGACACUAAAACCAACGAUACCAGUAGAUCUACCAUCAGUACAGCCUCAUCAGAUGUGACAAUAACCACUAAUAAUACAUCUCAGUCUGAAGAACAAACAACAGUACAAAAACAAGACACAUCAACUUAUGUAACGAUACAGAACACGUCUGAAUUUAAUAAUCCUCAAUUUACAAAUUAG